AUGCCCUCCUCCCGUAGCCGCCUCGCAUGGCUCGAGCCACUCGACACCGACGAUGCCACUUUUUCCGCGCCGCACUGGAAGGACUUCGUCGUCCCCGGCUCCAUGAAGGCCUACUCCUCCGUCGCACUGGCCGGCGUGGCAUCGGCUGCGCUGGCGAUAAGCCUGGGACUCGGCCGGCCGGCCAUCUUCGCUAUGGUGGCGGUUGCGCACUGUGUGGUGGCCGGCCUCGUGGUAGGGGGAUCCGCCAUGACCGCCCGCGCCUGGCCCAUCGGCAAGGCCAAAACCAACAGCGAGACGAGACAGCUGCUGAGCGUGGCGCAGUAG